UGGAUAUGGAUUUGGGUGGACUCCAGGAGUUGGUGAUGGACAGGGAGGCCUGGCGUGCUGCGAUUCAUGGGGUCUCAAAGAGUCGGACACGACUGAGCAACUGAACUGAACUGAACCUUUUUAAGUCAAAUAUAAAGUGGAAAUAAUGAUGUCUGUCUUGACUGCAUCACAGUAGAGCUUGUGCAUGCAGAUGGAACGUGUGCCCCAUGAAGUAGAAGCUUGCAAUCUUAACCACUGGACCACCAGGAAAGAUCCCAACAGUUCUCAGAACAAUGUCUGCAGCUGCAGGCCAGCUGCAAACAUAAUUUCAAAGUACCCUCUUCCCCUACCUGCAACUAUGUAACCAUUUUGACCUCCAAUCAAUUCUUACUUUAAAAAGCACCUUUAUUUCUUGCCAACUCCAAUCCUAAUUCUUGUAGCAAUUUAUGUAGCAUUGUAGUUUGGGUUUUUAUACAUUUCCCCUAUUUUGUAAUCCAGGGGUAGUUUCAAUGAUUUUGAUCUGUGGCUCCUGAGAGAUAACACUCCUAACAAACCACAAAUCAAGGCCUUCUGAAUAUGCAUGUGUGUCCUCAACCAGAGUUUCUGUCCUGGUCACCUCAGGACAGAAACACCAAGAAGUCUUGGUUACCUCAGAUUGAACCUCAAAGAGACAAAGCCUGUCCGCAUCUCUGCUAGGCCAAGGCGAUUUCCAGGCUGUGACACCUUCUGCAUACUUUCUUUUGCUCUGCCAGGAAGGCACCCAGAGUGGCAGACAGCCUGAGAAGAGGUUCAUUCUCUUAGAUCCACCAGUAGCCCACCAGCCCCCAUCAGACAUUUGGCAGUUUGAAGGGGAGCCAAAUACCAGCAACCUUCAGGCAUCCUGUUUCCUCCUGUUCUGACUUCCUCUUCCGGCUUGAAGCCCUGAGAAACAAAUCACAGGAAGCAGAGCUGGGUUGAAACAAAGCCAGUAAAAAAAAAAAAAAAAGAAAAAUCAAUAAAUAAAACAAAGCCAGUAUGUGACAUCCAGACUGAGGGAUACCUAGUGUAAUCUGGUCUACCGUCAGACUUGUUUUCUGGUCCCUGCAUCUGGCGCCUCCCCCGUGUCUGGGCAGAAGACUGAGGCCUGGAAGUGAGAGACUACCCAGGAGAGGCCGUGGGUGGUGAGGGGUGUGUGUGAGGACCCAGGAAACCGGAGGACGUGGCAGUAGCAUCAGUGUUUGCAGUCCUGAGACCAGCCAACCCCUUUGGCCAGCGGCAGCUCACAGUGAAGAGGAUCUGCCACCGGGAGAGCCAAGGAGAGGACGAAGAAACCGCCUUCCCUGCUUUCACUUGGCCAUGACUGAACCCAUGUGCAAGUCCCUGUGUUCUUGUCUUUUGAAGUAGAAUGCCAGCUCAAGAGUCAGUCAUCAGGAAAUAUGAAGAUGCAGAAACAAAGACUAGUUGUUGGGCUGGGGAAUUGGUAGCAGUUUAGAUUAUAAUUCUGCCAUAUGGCUGAAUCACUGAACUCCAAGUUCCCUGAAAGAUAUAGACAAAGACAUGACACACAUUCCUAAGGUGUUUUUACAGAAGUGGAUCCUCUCCAGAUGAAAACUGCUGACCAUCAGAACAUUGAUCCUAGACUGGUUGAGACCAGAAGACUGAAGAUGCUUGAAACUUCAUCUGGAUGCCAACCAAUCUGAGAAUUGUCCUUGCCCUGCUCCUUGAACAUUAUGAAACUCCUCAUGACCACAUAGUCUUGAGGGCAUUAGCCUGCUCUGGUCCCCUUUGCCUGGAAAAGAAAUUAACGGCUAUUCUUUUGUACUUCACCCAAAAUGGUCUCCAUGUUUCUCCUUGGCAUCGGUGAACAGAGGCCAAGUUUUGGCAACAUGACCUCUCCAGGGCUUUGUUUUCAAUGUGAGAGUUUCCUGCUUUACUUCUCAGUUCCUGUUGUGGCAACCGCGGGAAAAGCAGUGCGGAAUACCCUUGCUUACGUAGAAACAUUACUCUGACAGAGACUUUGGAAAUGUUGCCGAGUGACCCUACCUCCAGAAAAAGUGUGAAAGAGGGGAGAUCUGAUAAAGAUCUCCGAAAGAAAUGCCUGGCAAUUAUAUCUCCUGUUACACCUGCCAAGCUUUGCUGCUGCAUCCUGAUUAUUUUUAUACUUGUAGCUCUAAAUGUGGUGACACUUUCCGCUCUUCUGGCAGUGAGAAGCAGAAAGACAGACUUACACGUUCUGUAUGUCACCUGCCCAGAAGGAUGGAUUGGAUUUGGGAGUAAGUGUUUUUAUUUUUCUGAAGACUCAGAGAAUUGGACAUUGAGUCAGAUAUCCUGUACUUCACUGGAAGCUGUUCUUGCUCAGUUUGAAACUGAGGAGGAGCUGAACUUUCUGAAAAGAUACAAAGGCCCUUCUGACCAUUGGAUUGGCCUUAGCAGAGAAUCACCACAUCAUGCUUGGAAGUGGACUGACGACUCUAAAUAUAAUGCCUCGUUCAUCAUUACAGGAGAUGGGGAACGUGGCUACCUGAAUCACCUUGGAAUUAGCAGUGCCAGAAGUUAUACAGAUAGAAAAUGGAUUUGCAGCAAACAAAUAACAUCUGCAUGUCCUUAAAUUCUUCAAGGCAUUUUUAGGGAGCUGGCUCAGAAGUUAUCGGGAAGAUCCCCUGGAGAAGGAAAUGGCAACCCACUCCAAUAUUCUUACCUUGAGAAUCCCAUGGAGGAAGGAGCCUGGUAGGCGACAGUCCAUGGGGUCA